AUUAAGUUUUGAGGUUAGAAUUUCGCAAUAACUCACGAGAUGUUAUGUAGGAAACUAAUAGGACAAGCGUUAAUAGGAAAAUCGACACUGAAAACCAAUGCACACCUCAACAGCUUGAUAAAUUCCAGACACUUCUCAAGGAGAUGCAUUUUAUUAGACAGCCUGCUGGCUGCGGUUGUGAAGCCUGAAAGAAGUUUUAGCAUGUCUUCUUUUCGCCUCGUCUUUAAAGAUUUGAAUGUUCGAAGGCUUUGGAGCGCUUGGUCACGUAGUUUUUUAGCCAAUACAGUGAUUAAGAGGUUCAAGCGUGACCGUAGUGUUAGAGAAGUCAUACAGUGUUUCAGACAAGCCGUACUCCGUCCUAGAAGAACAUUACUUUUAUCUACUGCUGCUUUCAAAUUUAAUGAAGAAGAAGAUUCUUCACAGCCACCUAGUUGUGGCCAGAGUAUCACAGACAAUGAGUUGGAGGCUCUGGUGACUGAGUUAGAAUCAGUAGAGGAGCUAUUUCAAUCUACCCUGUUCUGUAUCGGCUGUGGAAGGAGGAUUAUAAUAGACAAGAAACUAACUGGAGUGCGGUAUUGUGCUUGUAAAGAAGCGCAGCUGCCCGAUGAGUCGUAUGAUGGCUGGCUACCUUAUAUGGAAGCGGAGGACGUUAUAAUAUGGCGAAAGGAAUACAAGCCCGGGCAAGGACUUUACGCAUACAAAGUGUACGGGCGGUACAGCGAAGUUCUGGCGUCUGACUUCGCCGCCGUACAAGUGGACGGCGCGUACCGCAGAGUGUGGGACGCAGCUGUGGCCACUCUGAGCGUGGUGGAGAGACAUGCUCAGGGCAUUGUGGACCAGGCGGUGCUGCACUGGGAGGUGCUGUGGCCGAGAUUGUUCGCGAACCGCGACUAUGUUUACAUUCGUCGACAUAAAGACUUCGAAGCACGAAGCCCCGCCCCUAAAUGGACUUCCAACAGGGCGGGGCUAUUCGAGGCCCCGCCCCCCGCGACUCCCGUCCUCCAAUCAGAUGAGCGGCCCAACGUACACUCGCACGCGAAAAGGAAAGCGAUGGAGAAAGAACUGAGAGAGAAGGACAGAGAAAGAGUGUACGAGAAUAAGAUAUUCGUAAUAAUGUCCAGGUCCUGCGAACACCCAGACGUGCCCGAAUCGAAGAGCGCCAUCCGCGUCUCUGAGUAUUGGAGUCAUAUGGUUGUCAAGAGUCUUUACGGAGUUGAUAAGCCGGGUAUGGAGUUCGUACUGACCUACUACGACGAGCCGGCCGUAGGGGGCUUACCCAGUGGGGUAGCUGCGUGGGCCACGGGCAGAGCCGCACCCGCUUAUCUAGACAGGAUGAGGCGAGCCGCGAUGGAAUAUGCUAAAUGGCGAGAUGUGCAGAAGAAUCAGGAUCUUCCCGAUUUCAUAUCGUUCAGUCAACCCAAGGAGCGCCCUUGUUCCAAUAUCCAAGUCAGGGAACAGGAUAUGGAGUCAUCGAAAGACGGCCCAGAACUGGAGAACGCAGAAGACAGAACACCUGAAACGAGCUCGCAGAACGAAGUGGAGAACAGCACGCCGCAGAAGGACGCUAUACAGAAUGAACAAUGUGUCGACAAAAAGGAGGAACCUGUUACGGAAGUUCACACAGCUACUGUGAAACAGGAGACGAAAUCGCCAGCACCGAAAGAGGGAGACAGCGAUAAACAGGAAGAGGAGGACAGCAACACCGGAUGCUGGUGGCGAAACGAGGAGGAUCAUAUGUUUUCAACACUGUGAAUGGAGAAUUGGCUAUGUUUAAAUAUUUUGAAAUUUUAAAGCUCUGCAGUUCCUGAUGACUGCGAUGUGAUAAGUCACAGUACAGCGGACUAAAAGAGCUAUUGAAAUUCACCACCAAAACAGAUUAUCUCUCUAAGUUUGUUAGUUUCUAAAAUGUCCUGUCUUUGACCAAGAAAAUACUGGACUUGAAAAAUACUGAAAAGUCUUUGAUUAUAUACACGUCUAGAAAGAGCAAAUCAAAUAAACCACGCAAAGGAAACUGCUCAUGUUACGCGCAAUGUGUGAGUGUGUAGCGACGAGAGUAUCUACCAUGUGUAGUAGAUAUUUUUUUCGACGCUUCCGUGCAUUAAAUACGACGGUAUCUAGGCGUUUAUAUAAUUUAAAGCGUGAAGCUAAUACCUCUUAUUGUGAAACUUUGACUAAAGUUAAAUUUAGACAAGGAUUUAUAGUAUUGUCUCUCUUGUUUGUUAAAAGAAAACAGAAACUGUAGUAAGUUACUUUUGAACUAAGUUUCAAGUUUAACUUUAGUCCACUUUUUGUAAUAAAGCGACAUGAAGUUGGAACGGGUUACAAAGUUUGUUUCUUUAGCUGUGACGAAUGUAAACCAGUGCAUGUAUAUGAAAAAAUAUAAUGAAAAAACAAAAAUGACACAUUAAGCUGUCAUUUUUGCAGAUCAUAUAAAACAGUCAUAUUAUAUUUAUUGAAGAUAUAAAUUAAACAAUAAUAGUUUAAGCUCUUUGGGUGAUUUCUGCUGAUAAUAUUUUUGAAAGAUAAUAUCCAAAAGACGAAAUUAAUUAUUUUGUGUUGCCAGAUUUUCUUAAAUUAUCAUCACCAACUGCAAAAGAAACCUCGUUGGCCGCUUAAAAAAUGUUCAUAUCUAAUAGAUAAAUCAUUGUGUAAAAUGAAACACACUUUGUUUAGCCCGUUUUAAAUAGUGAAUUUGUGAAAUAAGCAGUAGGCUCUGGAGAACAACAGACAAGUAUUGUUAAGUUACUUUAGAACUACGUAAUAGAAAAUUUGAGAAUAUUGUCUGGUAUAGUCAAACUAUACCCUUGGUUAUUGGUUUGCAUUACGAAUAUAGCCCUUAUUGCGACGUCAUAAAGGCAAUAUUACGUGGAUAACAUUUAACACAGCAAUAUAACGCAUAGAGUGCUGUUAAUAUUGAAUAUAUAUAUAUAUAUAUAUAUGUAAUA